GCCUGGUCCAGAGUAGAGGAAGCGGAGAAAACAACAACACAGCUGGGUAAGUGACAGACAGAAACCACGCUGAUUUCUCUUUAUAACCGACUCAGACGCGUUAUCGAAAAAGAGUCACGCCGACCCUUGCUGUCGUCCACGCGGCAAGAUGUCUUUGUUUGGGAAGUUGUUCGGGAGCGGUGGAAAAGGAGGUAAAUCCGCGAGCCCCCAAGAGGCUAUACAGCGACUCCGAGAGACGGAGGAAAUGUUGACCAAGAAACAGGAAUUUUUGGAGAAAAAGAUCGAGCAAGAGCUCCUGACGGCAAAGAAAAACGGCACAAAAAACAAACGAGCCGCAUUACAGGCAUUAAAGCGUAAGAAGCGCUACGAGAAGCAGUUAGCUCAGAUUGACGGCACCCUCUCUACCAUCGAGUUCCAGAGGGAGGCGCUAGAGAAUGCCAACACUAAUACAGAGGUCAUCAAGAAUAUGGGCUUCGCUGCCAAGGCCAUGAAGGCUGCCCAUGAUAACAUGGACAUUGACAAAGUAGAUGAGCUUAUGCAGGACAUCACAGAACAGCAGGAGCUGGCCCAAGAAAUUUCAGACGCAAUCUCGAAACCUGUCCCAUUUGGAGAAGAAUUUGACGAGGAUGAGCUGCUAGCUGAACUGGAGGAACUGGAGCAAGAAGAGCUGGACAAGAACCUACUGGAGAUCGGAGGCACAGAGAAUGUACCGCUGCCCAAUGUGCCAUCCACUUCCUUACCUUCUAGACCAGCAAAGAAGAAAGAAGAGGAUGAAGAUGACAUGAAAGAUCUUGAAGCGUGGGCUGCCAAUUAAUGCCCGUUAAAACCCAUACACACUCAAAUACUUGUUACUAAAGGACCCGGAUGGACUCUACAGUAUGUAAAGUAUGACGUCUUCGUGUCUAAAAUAGGUUAAUAUAUAAAUACAGGAGAGGAAAAUAAAUGCUACCGCUCCAGAUCAAUACAUCUCUGCCAGGCUUACAGUCAACACACUCCUCUGAGCGACAUUCAUUGCUCGUUUCUUUCUUGACCUCAUCUGGACUGUUCCCGCAAGAACAAGUCUCUUUGUAAAGUGUUUUUGUGUGGCCCUCCAUCACUUGUGAAAGUUAUAUAUUUUUUUACAUUUUCAUCUUAAAGAGCCCUCAGCUUGCCUCUUGGUCCAAGAAAAAACAAUACGUAUGGGAACCCUUUGCACGCAGGGGAUGUACAAUAUCUGUAACAAAUCUCAGCAAACAUGUGGUUUUGUUCAUUUGUUUUUGAGCAUCAACCUGUGUUUGUGUGCACUUAUUUCUAUGUUUUGUUAAAACAUCUUGUUUGAUUCGGUGCGUAUGAAGCAUUUCAGAAUAUUGAUGGUGGUUGGAGUUCAGGAGCUUUAUGACUACAAGGCUUGUAAUGGGAAUAAAUGUGUUUAUUGUAAUUGUAAAACAUCACUGUACAUAGACUCUCUCUUUAAUGGCAUAAUGGUUUACAGGAAGAAUGGGAUGCCUACUACACAUAGGUUCCUUUACUCAAGAAAUGUGUACUGUAUUUGAGAUAUUUUAGAAAUACUGGUUUGUGACUACAAGAAGCAUUUGUAUCUAAGAAGUCUUUACACUAGAAACGGGGUUUGUAUUAGGGAAAAACUACGACAUGGUUGUAGAUUUAAAGAUGUUUGUCUUGUUUGUGUGUGAAUGCAUUCAAUCGGAUUUGUGAAAGGAUGAGGAACAAAUGUAAUGCUUUAGUAACACUUUACAAUAAGGUUCGAUUAGUUAAUUACAUUAGUUAACAUGAAUUUAUAACAAAUAAUACACAGUGAACCAACAUGAGCGACUUAUAAACAUUGUUUUUGUAAUAACUAACUUUAUCAAAGUUACAGAAUAAAAGCUGUAAAAAGAUGUUGCUCAUUGUUAGUUUGUGUUAUAUGUUGAUGAAUGAGACCUUAUUGUAAAGUGUUACCCAUGCUUUAUAUUACAGAGAGCACUAUUAUAAUGUUCUGGUACAACGGUUUUAUUCAUUUUUCUCUUUGGUUUAUCAAAGCAUUUUAAAUGUUGAAUAUUCGGAGGGUAAAAAACGAUUAAUAUCUAACCCCUUAUUUAUUAGGCUCAAAAAAUCUUAUUUGCAUUGUUUGUUGUUUGUUUGUUAAAAGGGCUGUCUCCUUUUUGGCACUGUCCUUUAUGUUGUUCUUCUCUGCCUUUCAACAUACCCCUUCUUCAACCUUCCAGCUACAUUAAAAUUUUGCAAAAUAAACCAGUUUAUGGAUUUU